AUGGCGACAAACAAGGAGAUAGACGUCCCUUCAGUGGGGGAACAAUCUAGUUCCCCCUCUGAGCAUGGUAGCGUCAAAUCCCCAGGCAAGACGGAAACCAACGUUAUUGAAACAUCACCGCGGUCUACAGCUCCUCCGCUCUCGACGACCGAGCCCAAGCGGAUGGAACUGGGAGAUAUUGUCCUACGGUUCUUGGGAAUUCGAAAAGGUCCUCGACACGAGAAAUACAAUCCCGAUGCUAUUGCCACUCAGCCAAGUAUCUGGGAUUCCGAAAAGAUUGAAGAACUCAAGGAGCUAUACAUUCACCCAAAAUGGGAGAAUUGGCCGGCGUUCGACCCAAACUUCCGCUGGACGUGGAAGGAGGAGACCGCAGUCCGGCACAAGGUUGAUUGGAAGAUCAUGGUCUGGGCCUGCGUCAUGUUCACGGCCCUCAACAUUGACCGAGGCAACAUCAAGAACGCCGUAUCUGAUAACAUGCUGGACGAUCUAGGCCUCACCAAGGCAGAUUAUAAUCUUGGACAAACUAUUUCUCGAGUUGGGUUUCUGGUUGCCGAGCUCCCCUCUCAGUUGAUAUCGAAACGCUACUAUUACUGGUAUACAGGGACCGCACUCCCCAUUCGACUAGCUUGGUUUUGGAUGUCCUCACAAAUUGCGGAUAUCUGUGUUGGGUUUGCCGCCGUCGGUCUGGUCUCUAUGCGUGGCAUACUCGGCUACGAAGGAUGGCGAUGGUUGUUUUUGAUUGAGGGCGCAUUUACCUUCCUGAUUGGUGUUCUUUCCUUCUUCCUCAUGCCUCAAUGUCCCACUAGGACCAAAAGUUGGUGGAAUCCGAAAGGAUAUUUUACUGAAAAGGAACAGAAAAUUAUUGUCAAUUCUGUUAUUCGAGAUGAUCCUCAGAAAGGAGGAAUGUACAACAGACAAGGUCUAUCCGUCAGGCAGAUUUGGGAAUGUGCCAAAGACUACGACAUGUGGCCCUUGUAUGUUCUGGGUUUGCUGUUCGGGCUGCCCAAGUACCCCGUGGACCAGUACCUCACCCUGUCCUUCCGCAGUUUGGGCUUCAACGUCAUUCACACCAACUUGCUCUCGAUUCCAUACAUUGUCGGAUCCAGCAUCACGAUGCUGCUCAUCACGGCUCUCAGUGAGCUUGUCAACAACAGAAGUUUUGUGGCGAUGGCGGAGGAUGCAUGGCUCUUGCCGUGCUUUAUAGCUUUGAUCGCUCUUCCGGAUCCUAUCAGUGCCUGGGCCUAUUUUGCCAUUUCGACCGUUCUCCUGUCGUUCCCAUACACGCACCCGAUUCAAGUUGCAUGGACAAGCAGAAACGCCGGAUCUGUACAAAAUAGAACGGUUUCCGCUUCCUCCCAGACUGCCUUUUUUAUUCGUGUUACUGACUAUACCACCAGGUUGUAUAACAUGUGGGUUCAAGUUAGUGGAAUGAUCGGUGCAAACAUCUAUCAAUCGAGCGACUCUCCGCGAUACUACAAGGCUAACAAAGGCCUGUUGGUGAUUUGCAUCUACCUCUGUUUCGUACAAUACCCGGGCACAUAUUUCUACUACCGCUGGAGAAACAAUCAAAAGGCGAAGAAGUGGGAUGCGAUGACUCCGGAUGAGCAACAUGAGUACAGAGCUACCACGACGGAUGUGGGAAACAAGAGGUAUGUUCUAUCUUUGCAUCUAUUGGUGGAUGGAUAG